GCGACGGGUCAUGGGCUCGACCCGGUCCCUCUAAGCCGUUUGCUACGCCCCCUUUCCUACCAAAUAGUCAAAUCAAGAAUUCUUUCUACGUUUAUACCAAAUGACUUGCAAGAUUUUCUAACUUCGUUCCUUUAGUGUCUAGUCAGUUGAGUCCCCGUGACGUUUCUUUGUAUUUUAUGGUGAUCUUAGUAUCAUCGUUUCUAUGUUCGAGUGCCUUUAACGAAGGGGGAAGUUCCACAGAGAAACGCCCAAGGGAGGCCUGAAGUUCCGUUUCUCUCAGCACUUUUGAGGUGGACUGCACACAAUCCCUAUCGGAAGACCUCUAGGAAUUGACUUCUUUUUAUCAGUUUUGAUCUGCAAGCGACUACCAUACUGCCCACAUGUCCACCUCCAUUGGUCAUCCCCCGCGUCUACGAUACAAGAUGAAGCAUAUACUUAGCUCAACCAUGCUCUGUUGUGGGAGAAAGAAAGAGACAAGGGAAGUGGAGUCUCAGGCGAUGUGCGAAGAGUCAACGCCUAAUCGCCGGCCGACCCGCCCUUUGCUGCGUGGUCCAGCCGCCCGAAUGAUGCCCGAGAUGGUAGUACAGAGCGAUUUCCGCAAAGUGAGUGGUAUUUCCACGGAGAUUUUUCGCCAAAUCGAAGCUGUGGAAAAAGACUUCGACCCACAAGCCGCAGAGGCUGUGGAAAAGCGGGGAGAGAUGAUUAUCCGAUUGUUGGAUCCAGCCAGUUUGGGUCGAGUCGGAGCCGAGGCCUGCAGACGGUACCUGCGUUUAGCGGAUGCUUCACACGUGGUGCAAUUUGUGGAGAUCAUCAAGAGACCAGGCCAAACACUGGGAUUGUAUAUCAGGGAAGGAGAUUUACUCACGCAAAGCGACGGAGUUUUCAUCUCCAGGAUUGCCCUCGAAAGUGCUGUCUAUAGCAGUGGACUUCUCAAGGUUGAAGACGAGAUAUUGGCUGUAAAUUUGGUGGAUGUUCGUCAUGUGAGUUUGGACGAUGUUGUCAUCAUCAUGUCCAUUCCUCGCCGUUUAGUGUUAACUAUCCGCUCUCGCAUCAGUGGCCGCAUGACAGCAGCUAUGGCAGCACGCCCUGUGAUGGACGAAGUUCGUCCUCCUGUAGUUGUCGUCAAGAAAGAAUUUGUCGAAGAUGUCAACGAUGACUAUCCUGGGGCAAAUGAUUGGAUGAGAGGGCCUCCUGGAAGGACACAAGUUAUGUUGGAACCCCACCAUCAAGCAGCCAAUCAAAGACAGCAACCGGAUGUCGCUCCUUAUUACUACAAUAUGCCUCCCCCUAAAACCCAGGAGGACACUCGCCUGAUGUGGGAAGAGCAGCGAGGUUCCCAAGCCGUUCUCACGAGACAACCCAAACCUCAACCGACCUUCCCAACUACUCUUCAAUCGCUGGCUGAACAAGUGGGCACACAUCCAGUUCACACUUUCCACGCAGAACCCACAGAUCCCCGUCGCCUGUUUUUUUCUGGCCAUCAGCAGCAAGUCCAUCCCCGAAGCGAACGCAGUCUACCCGAAAGAUAUCGCUACCUGGAAGACCCCUCUCUGAGAAGCCGCUCCACCAGACUCCUUCGGACAGAGAGUGAACAGCGCAUCUCAACUCUGGGCUCGGACACCUAUGACCGAUUCUACUCCUUGGGUAGGCCUCUAAGGCGAUCGGGAUCGGGUAUGUCCAUCACUAUGCAGAGAAGAGGAAGACCUAGAAGAGCAGCGGAUGAGAUAUCUCAACCCCUUCAACCUCAGGCAAUUUCCACUCUGGCUAAUCGCCGUCGUCCCACCAUCGAUGGGAGUGCUUCCGAUACUGAAGCUACCGAAAGCACUAAAAACGCCAUGGCGCAACGUCAGAGGGGAGUUUCUAGGCCCUCCUUUGCUCUCUCCAGGGCUUAUGGGGCGACCCAAGCAGCCCGCAGCAACUCACUGCCCAGAGUGCGAAUGUCCGAAAUGGACUUCCGGAGAUUCCAGCAGAUAACGCAGCAGCAACCUGCCUCCGCGACUGUACGAUUACUGCCCUACGAUUCCCAAUCAGACAGUGAUGGAGCUCUCUCGGCUCCUGAACUACCUGCAACGCGAAGCGGCAGGAGAGAUCGAGCUCGUCGUAUGACAUCCCCCAUUUUCACAUCAGCUGAGUAUAGUCAGUGGUUAACAAGAGCCCCUUCCACUUCCGUCUUAUAUGACCGCACACGAAGAGCCCCGAAUCUUCGACCACAAUUGCCGAGAAGCGCUCACAGUGCCGAGUCUCUCUUGGACAGGCUCAAACAAGAAGAACAACGUGGAGUCGGUCUAACCACAUCUGUAUCAACCCUUUACACAAGACGACCGUUGCUGAGAUCGGCAACGGAUUUGGCAUCGGAACUUGGCCGUCACACAAUAUCUCACCAGCCAAAUCAUCAAACACUUUUUGGUCACCCUUAUGUCCUUGAAUACCUUAGGCAAAUUCCCAAUCCCACUCCUGUCAAACCUUCAGAGGAGCGAUUGCACCUUCUGACCCUGAAUCCUCGCGAAUUUCUCAAGUAUAGACCAGAAAAGGAUUCGGAAACUGUUCUUGGCGGCGAUGGAUUCAGCGGUCUUUUAUGGGUCCACUUGCUUGCGGGUCGUGGCUUGAGAUCAACAAGUCACAGCGAUCACUUCCGUGACUUAUACUGCGUCAUUGAAUGUGAUCGAGUCCACAAGGCGAGGACCGUGGUUAGAACAGGCGAGCACAGUUUUGACUGGGACGAAGUCUUUGAGCUAGAGCUAGUAGACAACACCGAAGUAGCUUUCCUCCUUUAUAGCUGGGACCCUCAACUGCGGCACAAACUCUGUUACAAGGGCUCUGUACACCUGCUGACCAUACUUCGAGAAUCACCUUCUCACAGCUUGGCUUUAAAAAUGGAACCUCGAGGAACUUUGUACUUGAAGCUGAGAUAUAGAGAUCCUAGACAAACAUUCCAAAGGCUACCAUCGCAGAAUCCAAAUGGUGUCUUCGGAGUAGACUUGGAAUCGCUAGUCAUUCGGGAGAACUCAGGAUUCUCCGUUCCCUUAAUUGUAAAGCGAUGUGCUGAAGAGGUUGAAAAAAGAGGCUUGGAUAUUGUUGGAAUAUAUCGACUGUGUGGAUCUGCUGUCAGAAAGAAAACUCUCAGAGAUGCUUUCGAAAGAAAUUCACACAAUGUUGAUUUAUCUCCAGACCAUGUACCGGAUAUAAAUGUCAUUACAAGUGUAUUGAAGGAUUACCUGCGAGAACUGCCGGAACCAUUGUUUACAAAAGGUCUCUUCGAUAUGCUUGUAGAUGGUUUUAGUGUUUGUCUGCCUGAUGAUCCGGAAGGCAAUGCUAAACUGAUGUUCAGUAUCUUAGACUGUCUACCGAAAGUGAACAGAUGUACUGUACUGUACUUGAUGGACCACUUGAGAUCAGUGACGAGCCACAGCGACCGCAACAAAAUGAGCAGUCAGAGUCUGGCUAUUUGUUUUGGCCCCGUCGUCAUGUGCCACACUGAAACGGGGGCUCCUGUAGCAGAACUGCGCAAGCCUAUUGAAAUUUUCAAAUACUUGUUAGAGAUAUGGCCUGCCAAAAGAGCAGUUCCACCUGGAAGUGGCAGCAGCAAUUCUAGUGGUUCUAAUGGUGUUCUUGAGGAGCGUAAUCAAGCAGGCGGGGGUCGUGCUACUCCGGCGAAGAAGCCCAUGAAUUGGGGUGGGCAGAGACCUCUUCCGGAAUCAUCCUGCUGACGAAGACCUCAUGAUUAAGUUGUGAUCCAUUCCAAAUAUUAAUUCUAAUGUUGGAAAAAUUAUGUUAAUAAUCAAUUCCAAGUUAAUGCAAUUUAAAGGUGGGAAGAACAAAGUUUGAUGUCAGUCCAUGGCUAAACUAGGAUGUUUUCCAUCUGUGAGCAAUAAGCUGGAAGUCAUUAUAAAUAUCCCAGUCUAUUUUAUGUCCUGAAAUUAGGUUAGAUGCACAAUCUAGAGAAUUGAGCGUCUUGGGAAUCGUGAGGUUCAGCUGCAUUUCAGUUUUUACGUACAUAACUGUAAUAAAUUCUUUUUCUUUCAUUAUGUUCUUCUUUUUGUGAAGAAUUAUCAAUAAUACGUUCUGUAGAAUAUGCAAAGACAAAAAAAUAUUUUUUAACAGAGCUAUGAAGGGCAGAAAGCUGUUGUAUAGAAAAUUAGUUAACAACUGGAGCUGAGAAAUGCAUCAAAGUUUUUAAUACAAAAGGUAGGUAUCGUUUUCUUGGAAGAAAAUGAUCUAUGGCCUUUAAUCUCUUGUCCAGAUACCCUUAUCCUUAAAAUCUGAAGAUGUACUCCUGCGAAUAAAUGGAUUUAAUUUUCCAGUAGAGAUACAUCAUUCUUCAGAAAUGAAAGAGCAUAUCAUGUGUAGGAAAGUAACAGAACUUUAUUGAAUAGAUUCUGAGGAAUGUCUCGCAGACCGAUGGUGCUGGCACCUCUUUCACGUAUCCUAGGUAGGCGUGAGAGAUGAGCUCCAUGGACUUGGUGCUCUGUUCUUCCCACGAGUAGUGGCCAUCGAUUCUGGUGAAGAAGAAUGACCGGAAAUUUCUCCCUAGUUCUAUCUAGCAGCAGAUCUCCCGAGAGACGUUGGUAUGCCUGUGCCCUAACCUCCCUUCUACGCAAAGACAGAAAAUUUUGUUUAUUGUAUGAACGUUAAUAAAUAAAGUAUCCAAACGACCUCUAUGGUGCUAGAUGGAACC